AUGGCGCCAAGAGAAACACCCAAAGCAACGCCUAAAGUUCAGCGUACCAUUGUAAAAGCAACACGACCUAAGGCGUCCCCAGUGACCAUUAAAAAGGCUAUAUCUUGUAAAAAUAACACGGAAAAAGUUCUUAAAGCUAAUAAUACUCCAAUGAAAUCCAGACCACGGACGAGCACCGUUCCAAAGAUGUCAUCUCCAAAACCUAAAGAACAAAAAUCCAUUCCAUUACCUGGAAGUGUUUCUAAGAGUGCGAAAAAAGCAGCUUGGAAGCGUAGGCCUAAGCCAGCACAUUCUGGUGUACCAGUUCCGGAAAAGAUGAAAAAAUUGUUUGGUAAACAACUUACAGAUUCUGACUCCAGUUUU